GAGAUGACUCCAAACCAACGGAGAUGACAAGCAGCGGGGCGGAAGUCAAAGAAGCGAAGCAAGAAAAAAAAGGUAAAGUGAGCAUCCCCCAUAUUGACUUCACUUCCAUGGAGGCUAUUUCCCAGUCCAUACUACACGAGGACAUGUCCGACAAUGACGACCCCCCCAUCGAAGGCCACCUCCGCGAGCACGUCCAACAAUUCACGCAAGAACAGAAAAAAAAAAAUAAAAAAAUAAAAAUGAACAAGCACUACGUUGGGGUUACGAGUUACCUGAGUACCUUGCCGCCCAGUCUGCGCCAGAAAAUUUUUAAGGAGUACCGAAAAAACUUUU